AUGUUGGACCCCCUUACACGAUUGUUGGACAGAGUGAAGAAACGUAAACCUCGGAAGAAGACAUGGGAGCGCGAUAACAGUGCUGCACGACCAUCUGGCAUCCUGGCCCCCGGGGCCAGCGUAACCGCCCAUAUGGGCAUUCCAAGCACACCGGUCGACCCCAUCGAAGCAAGUCAACCUGAGCUGGAAUCAGAUUCAACGGCGCCAGCCAAAGAUGCUCCAGAUCCCUCCUUGGACAUGAAGACGCCCGCAACUCGGGCAGACUCCGACACGUCGCCAGAACAUAAAAGUAGUGCGGGGGUGGAGGAAGAACAAUUGGAGGAAGAACAGGUGGAGGAAGAAAAUGGGGAGGAAGAAACGCAGGAAGAACAACCAAGGCCGACAGUUGACUGGACGCCCGCCCAGGAUGAUACCCUGAUUCUUCUCUGGAAUGAAGCCUACGAUGCUCUUUUGAAGGACGGCAUUCCAGAGCUGUCUCGCCUUGCUCGCGAUCUUUUGUGGUUCUGGGGCCUACAUUUUGACGGGGACCGACAGCGGCUUGGGGCCAUUUCGAACACGAGCGACAGGGGCUGCUUUGAGCUGACGGAUCCCAUCGUGCGGCUGGACAAGAUGAGACAAAUAAUUGAGUUCUUGCUUGCCGAACCAGACUCGAGCGAGGACGAGGGAGAUGGCAACAGCAACAGUGAUACCGAGCUUACUCGCUUCUCCAAGUUCAAGACCAUCGUUCGCAAGGCCGCUUUGCGAGAGUCCCAAGCCGGUGCUGCCGUGGCGUGGGUUGCCGUCUGCGUUGCCGCACGUAAAUUGAUCAGCACAUCAGCCUCGGCCAGUCCGGCAUCCUGGAAAGAUCUCGUAGACAUCAUGUCGGCAAUGGAAUGGUACUGCAGCUUGCCAGCCCUCUUACUCAAGCAGCCAGCGGCCCGAGACCAUGAGAACAGAAUGGCAAUUUUAGAUCUGUACAAAGCUAUUCUACUCCAUCUAAUUGUUCUGGCAGAUCCGAGCACCGAAGACGGGGUCGACCCCUUGUUCGUCUCGAAGGAGAACCACCAGUUCCCAUACACCAUCAUCGAGAAGGAGCGAGCAGUCAUGGCCUGCUCCGACUGGUCUUCUUUCCAAUCGGAUCUUGGAAAGUUCAUUAAAUCACUGACUUCUUUCGGCCCGCACGCAGACACGAAAAGCAAUGACGUAACAGAAGAAGCAUCUGUGUCAGACACCGUUUCCAUGUCUCCCGAGACUCGGAUCUACUCCUUCAGAGACGAGCUGCCCGAAGCCUCAGAGGACUUUCAACGUGUUCAAGACCAUGUCCAGAGCUGGGUCAAAUCAACCACUGAAUACGCAAAGUUCUUGCACUCGGAGGCCCCGGAGCCCGACCGAGAGCUCUGGGUCGUUGGCAGGCCCGGAACGGGCAAAUCGACACUGCUGGAGACCAUUGCACAGGAUCUGUUCCAGCCCCAAGCGUUCGACCUUGAACUGGAUACAGAGCCCGUAGUAGCUCAUAUUGCGAUUUUCUUCUGCAACCGGGGCAAGGAGAGGGCGGAUAAUGCGGCAGCUAUCGUGCAGUCUCUUGUCUCGCAAGUUCUCGAUCGGCAGACCCAGCUCCGUGAACACUUUUUGGAGGCCUGCCAUACGGCGAGGAGAGACCAAUUCGACCGCCCGGAGGACAUCCCAGUCAUAUCCGCGGUCUUCCGGGCGAUCCUCAGCGAUGGCGCCUUCCAGCCAACAUGUUUCGUCAUCGACGCCAUCGACGAGUGCUGCAGCGACGGGGACGAGCCUGAGACUGAAAAGGCCAUGUGGGCGCUCAUGGAUUUGAUCAGCAGCACCAGGCAAUACACCGGCGUGAGAUGGCUCGUAUCUGCCGAUUCCAACGGCGCCAUAAAGAGAGACGCCCCUCGGACAGACGGUGCGUACCGGAAAUUGGAACUGAGUCUCGACGGCGACUUGGAAUCUCCGUCUACCGAGUCUAACGAAACUAUGGAGUCCGUACUACUCAGCGCCGCGGCUGAAUACGUCAGGAUCAGGGUAGCGGAGCUCAUGAGUGGCAUGCGUGAGGCUAAGGACGUAGAGGACAAGAUGCUCAAGCAAUCCAAGGGGAACUUCUUAUGGAUCGAUAUCGCUUGCAAGCAGAUCCUCUCACACGGCUUGCCGUGGAAUGCGAUCCGCUUUGUCGACUCGGAGACAUUCCCCAAUGAGGCGUUGCCAUCAGGCGUGGAGCCGUUGUACGCCUACAUGGAGGCAGCUCUUGAAAAGUUGCCAUGGGACAGCCCCGACCACUGCCGCGAGAUCAUCAACACGUUGGCGGUGGCGUACAAGCCACUGCGGCUAUGCGAGCUGGACGAGUUCGUACUCCGGAGCAAAAGAUUCUCAAACGUCGACCUGCCUACCAUCAUCAAAAAGCAGUGCUUCGCCUUUUUGGAGAUUCGCGGCGACCGCGUCUUCUUCGUACAUAAGUCAGCCAAGGACUUCUUCCGCAGGAAGAUGACGGACAAAGCUCAGCGUCAUUCUAGCAUGACUCUAUACUGCUUGGGAGUCCUGUCGAAUCAGCUGGAGAAGUCUGCCGGCAUCAGAGAUAGGAAGAUUGAGGAGUUCCAUCACUACGCCACGUGGUACUGGCUGAAACACCUCUCUAAGCUCAAUGACGACGGCGCUCUAGAGAAAGAGCACAAGACUACGGACAAAGUGACCGAGUUCUUUCAGAAGCAUUUCCUCGAGUGGCUCGAGACCCUGACUCCGUCCCCCGGUCUAGCUCAGGCACUCACACAGAUGGUUGAGUUGGAGAGCAUGCUGCGGAAAUGGUCCAGUGAGUCCAACGAUGCCCUCAAGAGAUUCUUGGAUCAGGUCCAGUAUGGCAGCCGCUUUCUCCAGUUCCAUCAAUCCACCCAAAGCCCUCCCCAAGUUCCGCCGAAGAAUAGCCUCCUUUUCUGUCCCGGCCUCCGGACAAGACGCAGCGAUCUUCUAUACACAGCGUUCCCGUGGCUGCGAUCGACCCCUGCCGUGGAACCGGGCAUCCCAUUAAUUCUCGAAGGGCAUACUGACUGGGUGCGGUCGUGCGCUUUUUCGACCGACGGUCGACUGCUCGCCUCGGCCUCGGACGACGAGACGAUCUGCUUCUGGGACCCGCGCACCGGCACGCUGCAGGUGACUCUGAAGGACUUUGGUAGCUGGCCGUGUUGCGUCAGGUUCUCGGCUGGCAGCCCGUCUCGUCUCGCUACCAUGGAAUUAAGGCAUGUCAAGAUAUGGGACACAGCUUCAUGGCGUCCCUUCUUGUCUAUCGAGGGCUCCGAUGUUGGCAGUGAGUUUGAGGCCGACUUAAUGCUGGACAUCUCCUUCUCGCCGGAUGGAACGAGGCUCGCCGUGGUCAUGGGAGACGGCGAGCUUGCCAUCUGGGAUGUCGAGGGGUCCGAAAAGAAGCCGCUCCGCCACUGGCGCUGCCCCGAUGCGACUCGCGUCAGAUACCUAGCUACCGGCGAGGCAAACAACACCGACGUGAAAUGUGAUGCCAACAUGGCUAGCAAAGGUGGGCUACUCGCCAUGAGUCAUAGAAGCGGAGGAAGGGUCGUCAUCUACAGCGAAAGCGGUGAGGUUUUCCAAGAGCUGGAGAAAUCAGACUAUAGGAUCAGUGCGCUUGCCUUCUGUCCCUCAUCGAGGCUCCUGGCUGCGGGCUCCGAUGAUGGCGAUGUUCGUAUUUGGAGGUUGGAUCUAGGUGACGAAAAGACCAAAAUCAGUGAUGUGGUCUUCCAGGUUUCCACAUACUCGUCCAUUGUUUCUUUAGCUGUUUCUGGCAACGGAUCCCUCCUCGGUGUGGCAUCAAAAGACAAAGCUGUGCGGAUCUGGAAGGUGCAUGAAGGAGCGGAUCAAGAACCCCAACAGAUACUGACGGGACACACCAGGGGACCUCUCGAGAUCUCAUUUUCCCCUGAAGGCUCCGUGUACUCCAAAGACGCCGUGUGGAGGAUCGCAUCCUGCGGCCGUGAGGGAUCCGUCGAAGUCGCAGAUGUGGACGCCAGGCAGCGGGAAAACUCGGGCGAGAUUCGCCUUAGCAGCAGUACUGAGGCACCAACGGCGAUCAUACACACACAGCCCGUCGACAUCGUCGUCAUCUCACCGGACAACAGGUUUCUUGCUUCAUACUCCGUAGACGGGCUGAUCUGUCUCUGGGAUGGCGUUAACGGUGAGCAUCUCCACCAAUUUGCAGACAAUGACGACAUGCUGUCGCUUAUUUUCUCGCAUGACGGCAUGGCCCUAGCAGGCACCUUCACAGACGGCAUGAUAAAGAUCUGGGACACCAAGUCCGGGAAUUUGACGCACGAAUUCCAGGGGCACGACGACUGGAUCAGAGGCGGCGCCUUCUCGCCGCCCUCCUCAAGCAAUCGUCUGCUAGCAACCGCCUCUGACGACAGAACUGUCCGAGUUUGGGACCUCAGUGAGAAGGUCGUAGAAAAGGACAAGGACAAUUGCAGCGCCCCGACGCUCCGUGUACCCCUCCAGACCUUCCCUGGCCACGCCGACUAUGCCAUCUGUGUCGCCUUCUCACCCGAUAGCCGCCUUCUCGCCUCCGCCGGGGACGACGGAGAGGUCUUUAUAUGGGAUAGAACCACGACCGACGCCCCGCCGGAAGAUUCUUGCGACAAAGAGCCUAUGUUGAGCUUUUCUUUUACCGUCUCGCGCAUUCAUAGCGUAGCCUUCUCUCCCGAUGGAAAGCGCAUUGCAGCCUCGGCUUCCAACAACCAGCUGCGUCUCUGGGAUUUGGACAGCAAUGGGUAUAUUCUAAAAGAAGAAGUAUGGCCCUCCAAAUGGCUGCGCUUCACGAACGGCACCAAUACAGAUGAGAGCUGGAUCUUGACUGAGAUGGGUGCCGAAUAUGUCGGUGAAUCCGAAUCUCCGAAGCCCUGGCCCGACUGGGCCCCUUGGAGUAUAGACUCCAACAGGGACUGGAUCAAGUAUAAGGGCAAAGAAGCGAUCUUCCUCCCCAAACGGUAUCGUCCGUCAUCUAGGGCUGUUUUUAUUCAGGGCAGUCGAGUGGUCAUCGGCUGCCAGUCAGGAUUAGUAAUGUUCUUACGGUUUACUGAAGAGGUAGAGUCGUUAGAUCAGGAGUUUUUCGAGGUGUAG